AUGAAUAAAAUCUUCCCCCAGGGAGACGCCAAUGACAAUGCUGCUGGAGCCAAAGCCCUCCCUGGAGGGGCAGGUAAAGGCCCCCUCUGCUGCUCGAGCCGGGGUGCUUGCCUCUCGGCCUUCUUGCUGCUCCUGCUGGUGACUCUCGCAGCCCUGAUCGCCCUGGUCGCCAUCCUUGGACUCCCACCACGCACACCAGGGGCCCAGAUCUGUGUGACGCUGAUGAACAGGACGGGCUUCCUGUGCCACGACCGGAGGAGUUGCAUCCCUGCCAGCAGGGUCUGUGAUGGCGUCCGCACCUGUGCCCACGGCGAGGACGAAGCCGAGGCCAUGUGCCGGGACAUGCCCCAGAGCCUCCCCAGCUUCCUCGUCGCCCACUGUGGAGACCCAUCUUCCUGGAUCUAUUCAGACCAAAAGUGUGAUGGGGCCAACAACUGCGGAGACUGCUCAGAUGAACUGAGUCCAGUGACCGCAUGUCCGCCCUGUGGCCCGGGCUGGUGGCGCUGCCCCUCCACCGUCUUCGGGUACUGCGGCUGCAUCCCCAGGAGCCUCUGCCGCGACCUCGUGCAGCACUGCUCCGACUGGUCGGAUGAGUACUCCUGUCCCGGACCCUGA